UCAGGGAGUUAGGGACCCAGUGGGGAGCCUGUGGAGCCACUUAGAACUUGAUUAAAGCCUGGUGGAGGGGAGUUGUUAGCUCAGUGGGGGCUGAGAGGCGGGGGAGGAAGCCGGAGCCAGCAAGGAGGAGCCUCUGAGCCUUGGGGGUGCAGGGAGAGAGAUUGGGGGCCAGCCCCAGGCAGGCGAAACCAGUGUCCGCUGGGCAGGGCCGCGGCUGGGGUCUGUGGGUUGGACUGGACAGGGGGCCUGUGAGGGUGAGCAGGUGGACCUAAUUGUGCGGGGACGACCCAUCUGGGGUGAGCCGUCCUGGUCUGACACUGGCAAGUGGCUGCUGGCGACCUGGCCCGUCUGGGUGUUGAUCUGGCCUGGGGUCUGACGUGGAUGGCUCUUGGUUGCUGGCGGGACAGCGUGUAUCUGCUCUGGCCACUUCCGGCCACUUGGCCUGGGCCUCAGCACUCAGUGUAGCCUUUUCCAGGCCAAGCCCCCAUCCCCCUACCUAGGACUUUCCGGGCUCCAGAGGUCACCGCGGCAGGCGGCAGGGCGGCUGCCAAAGCAAACGAGCCCCCGUGACUUGUAGGAAAGCAGCUGGGGGAGGGGGCUGGCGGGAGCAGCAGGACCAUGCGGCAGAGGCCAGAGGCCGCCCUGGGCCCGGGACAGGGAAGGGGUAGAGGCGACAGGUGUUGGUGAGGCCGCCUGGCCUAGCAGGCCCCACGCCACCGCCGCCACCGCCUCUGCCUCCCGGGCCGCCCGCUGCGGGGCCACCAUGCCGCUGCCCCGGCCUGGAGACUGACCCCCAACCGCACCAUCUCGAGGCUCUUCCCYCACCUGCUGGACCCCAGGGUAAGGACCAGGGACCCCAGACUCAGUUCCCAUCCUGAGGACAGGGGUCCCCUCGCCUCUACCCAAUUCGAUGCCCACGCCCCAUCCAGGGGCUCCCAAGGACCCCAAAUAUGACUGUUGGACUGCUUCCCAAGGACCCAGGACUCCAGCACGCUCUCCCAUCAGACUUGGAGAUGGGGCCCCCAGGUUUCUCCAUGUCCAGACUCUGGAGUCCAGCCCUCAAAUUCUUGCUUCCCCUCYGCCCUCUCUUCCCUCAGACCCCAUGGGUUCCAAUCCCAGUUCCCUCCCAUCCGGGUCCAUCACACCUGGCCACCUGGCUCCCACACCCCUGCACCCCAGGCUCAGGCCUGGGGGUCCUCAGCCCUUCAAUUCCAGGAGUCCCCAUGGCACUGGUCAGACACUGACCCCAUCCUUGAACCCAGCCCAAUGUGAGUCCGUGAUCAUGGCAUGCUCUGGCCAGAGCCCAGUCCCUCCAGCUUCCCUGGAUGGACGCCUGGGACUGGGGGCGCCAGUGCUGGGCUGGGCUGGGCUCCCCCAGGCCCUGCCUCCCUGUUCAUCUCCCCACAGGUCCCACCCCGGCCCAGGAGGUCAGCCGGGGAAUCAUUAACAAGAGGCUGUGACAUGGCCGAGAAGGAGGGUGGCCGGACUGUGCCAUGCUGCUCCGGACCCAAGGUGGCAGCUCUCAUUGUGGGGACCCUCCUCCUCCUGACGGGCAUCGGGGCAGCGUCCUGGGCCAUUGUGACUCUUCUACUCAGGAGUGACCAGGAGCCGCUGUAUCCAGUGCAGGCCAGCCCUGUGGACGCCCGGCUCACGGUGUUUGACCAGACAGAGGGGACCUGGCGGCUGCUGUGCUCCUCGCGUUCCAACGCCAGGGUGGCCGGGCUCGGCUGCGAGGAGAUGGGCUUCCUCAGGGCCCUGGCCCACUCGGAGCUGGACGUGCGGACGGCAGGCGCCAACGGCACGUCGGGCUUCUUCUGCGUGGACGAGGGCAGGCUGCCCCACGCCCAGAGGCUGCUGGACGUCAUCUCCGUGUGCGACUGUCCCCGGGGCCGGUUUUUGGCUACCGUGUGCCAAGACUGUGGCCGCAGGAAGCUGCCCGUGGACCGCAUCGUGGGGGGCCAGGACACCAGCCUGGGCAGGUGGCCCUGGCAAGUCAGCCUGCGCUAUGACGGCGCGCACCUCUGCGGGGGGUCCCUGCUCUCCGGGGACUGGGUGUUGACAGCUGCCCACUGCUUCCCAGAGCGGAACCGGGUCCUGUCUCGAUGGCGGGUGUUUGCCGGUGCAGUGGCCCAGGCCUCGCCCCAGGGCAUGCAGCUGGGGGUGCAGGCCGUGGUCUACCACGGGGGCUACCUUCCUUUCCGAGACCCCAGCAGUGAGGAGAACAGCAAUGAUAUCGCCCUGGUCCACCUGUCCAGCCCCCUGCCCCUCACAGAAUACAUCCAGCCCGUGUGUCUCCCGGCCGCGGACCAGGCCCUGGUGGACGGCAAGAUCUGCACCGUGACGGGCUGGGGCAACACGCAGUACUAUGGCCAGCAGGCCCGGGUGCUUCAGGAGGCCCGAGUGCCCAUCAUCAGCACGGACGUCUGCAACGGCCCCGACUUCUACGGGAACCAGAUCAAGCCCAAGAUGUUCUGUGCCGGCUACCCCGAGGGUGGCAUCGACGCCUGCCAGGGUGACAGUGGGGGUCCCUUUGUGUGUGAGGACAGCAUCUCUCGGACGCCACGUUGGCGGCUCUGUGGCAUCGUGAGCUGGGGCACCGGCUGUGCCCUGGCCCAGAAGCCAGGUGUCUACACCAAAGUCAGUGACUUCCGGGAGUGGAUCUUCCAGGCCAUAAAGGUGAGGUGUCCCCUCCCCCCUGGGGGGACUCUGGGGAGCUAAGGGGAGGCUGAAAUUUGGGGCACCCUAGAAGAAGGCGCCCUGGGGGACAGAGGGGCCUCCAGUCUUCUGGGGAAGGGAGAUGGUGCUCGUGGGACUUUGGGGGCAGCCCCUCGGACCUCAGAAGCCCCAGCUGUCUGUCCCCAGACUCACUCCGAAGCCAGCGGCAUGGUGACCCAGCUGUGACCUGUGGCGGCUCCUUGCGGCACACCUGUCCGGGCCCAAGGUUGGGCGGCUUCAGCUCCACACGACAGGAUCCACGCUGAGCCCAGGAGGGAACUCUUCCUCUGGGACCAGUCCACAGGCCCAGGGACGCCCUCCUCCAGGUCCUGUCUUCCACAGUGGGGGGCCCACUCUGCCUCACCCUCCCGACCCUUGUAAAUAUUGUUCUGCCCUCUGGGGGCUCCUGUCUGGAGGCCCCUGAGGACAGGAUGCUGUUUAAAUAAUAAAGAUGGUUUUGAUUAA